CACCAACAUCAAUAGUUGCUUACAGACUGCUAUACCACGACUACCGGUGUAGAUAAGUCGCACAACCUCCACAUUCAUCGACGAAAUGUCUGGCUCCAUGGACGACCUUUCACGGGAGCUGACACGCAUCAUUUCGUGUCCAUACCCGGCGUCUUUGACAAAACUUGCCGAAAUUGCUCUGCACAGCUCGGACCAGACCAUCCAAAAAGCAAUACUGGAUUUGCCCUCCUGCAAGAUUUCCAGGCUAGUUUCUAUCGUAGCAGCAGCUUUGCCGCUAUGGCCUUACACUCUAUCUCUAUUACAUUCGCUAUGUCGCUCGGCUGACUUUAGCAACGAGCUGCUUCGACAAAACCCUGGACUUCCUGAUGCACUCCUGGCCAAGGCGAAUGUCGUGCAUGAGGAAUUCGGCGAGCAUAAUGAAGUCUGCAUUUGCCUGCUGUCCAGAGCACUUCCAGAAAAUGUCCCUCUGCCCUUGAGUGCCCAUUCUUUCUUCUUACGCAUGUUCGAGAAGGCGACCCAGAAUCCCACUGUCGAAUCUCUUAGACCGGUCUAUCGUAUGCUCAAUGGCGCCUGUAGUAAUCUGCUUGACUUACUUUCACCGGAAUUGCGACAUGGAUUCGAUAGGGAGCUUUGUCAAAUUCUAUCGUCAAACUCAACGGGUCAAAAUUCGAUGUUACUCCUGUGGUGUUUUGGAAUAGUGAUUGCCGCAGAACGCCCUUGCUCUGCUGAGCAAGUCACCGAUCAGUAUGGCCAGUGGAGAACUGCGUCGGGCCGCAAGCUUUUCGGAUCGAAAAGCGGACUCUACAAAACCUUAAACUUGACCUAUUUGAGUGUAAUCUGGGCAGUCAAAGGUGACGUAGGUGUCUCACAUCUUGAAGCUGUGGAAGGUAUUCGAAUCGCGAUUCGUGCCAUGCAAUUUGUCGAUCAAGAGACACGUCAAUCCUGGCCUUCUUCAAGUGCUUUGGCAAGAAACAUUUUUCCAAAGCUUCCUGCAAAGCUAGUAGGCAAAGAUCUAAACGUUGCCAUCCAACUUGAGGCUUUGACCUUUUUUGCUAUGAUCGCUGGUGACAAAAAUCUCCUUGAAGAGGUUGUAGCUCAAUUUGAGACAUGUCUUUUAAACGUUUCAAUGGUGCGAGUUGGCACUACCACCACUCCUGAAAUUCUAUCACUUGCAUUACCACAAUUCGCGUCAACAUUAUCCGAGUCAACUAUGUGUGGCUUCAUAACGAAUGUCCUACGUGCUGGUAGCACACCUGAUUCGCUUGCCAAUCUGACAUUUUAUACUGCAUUGAUACCGUCCUUAAGUUCCAUUUUGUCCUCAUCGCCCGUGCUGAGAGCAAAAAUGGCUAAAGCGCUCUCAUUUCAUGAGGUACAGGAAAGCCUUCGCACGUUUCUCGAUUCAAUCAAACCGAGCAAUCAUCAAAACUUUCACGGAUUUGGUUGCGAAACCUCCAACAGUCAACUGCGAAAGAAACUUCUCUCGAGCACUAUCGCAAUGUUGCUAACAACAGCACUUUUGACUGAGCCUGGUGAGCCAACCAUUUCGCAUCAGUUGGCCAUUGAACUUCUCAACAAACAGCAAAAGCUCGCUGGACCCUUACAGCAUUGUUCUCACGUAUGGACUGUCGCGCAACCCGCGAUAUCGUUGUUUGAGCAAGAAUGCACUCCAAGCAAUUCGCAUCAACAAGAUUGGAAAGAGCGUCUCAAGUCGGAAAUGGGAAUGCAGACUGCGUAUCAGCACGAAUCGGUCGUUCGGUGCGUAGCUCAGAUCUGCCAGAAUCUCGAAGAUCGCUGCGAGAAUGUAGAGGAGCCACUGCGUGUAGAGAAGGAUAAAGUCAAAGCCCUCACCUCUGAAAAUAUUGAGCUCCGAGCGCAGGCCCAAUCGUUAGAGACCGACCUGCUCGAUCGCCGCCUAUGCAUUGACGGGCUCGAAGACCACAUCGACUCCCUCGAGAAUGCAAAGGAUGAUCUUUCUGCAAAGCUUAUGGACCUGAAGAUUGAAUUUUCCACGGCUGAUCGAAAAGCUGAUGAGGUUCUCCGUGCUGCGCAAGAAGACUUCAACAACAAGGAGAUGCACCUACACUCCACUAUCUUGACUCAUGAGGAGGCUAUCCAUGAUUACGUUCAACAAAUCGGGGCUCGAGAUGAGGAGAUACGGUGCCUUGAUGAAAAGUUGGAAUCCAAUGCUGAGGAAAAGCUCGGCUGGGAGCAGGUUCAGAGAGAUCUACAAGCCACAAUAGACAACUACCAACAACAACUAGACACGAAACAGACCGAGAACGAGGAUCAGAGGGAUGUGAUACACCGUCUCACUGAUCGCGCAAAUGAUCUCGAUACGCGCCUGCAUUCAAGCUUUGAGGAAACGAAGUCUCUCACCCAGCGGCUAGAGAAGCUUGAUCAUCUUCACCAGCAAUUGAAACAAUCUUCUGACCAGGCAAUGCGGGAUUUGUCAACUGAAAAUCAAGAGAAGCUGAGUAUUACGCAACAGAAGGCAGACAAACUAUGUGCCCAGUUGAACCUCGAACUACAAAAUGCUCUUCACAACGGACAGCAAACGACGGAUCUGUAUGAGGAAGCCUACCGAGACCUACAGAUAUCGCGAAACGCGGUCAAAAACUUGGAGGAUAAAAUUCAGGAUCUAUCAGAUACCUGUAUUGAGAAGGACGAGGAGCUACAUGAACUCAGGUCUUUACGAAGCCGUGUGCUUGCAUCUAUGGGUCUGGCGGCAGAAGUUCCAGCUCCUACUCCCACCAAUCACCAAUCAAAAGAAGGUUCAAGACACAGCCAUAGGCGUCGCAAGUCAGCCCUUCAAUCACAAGCCACUCACGAGCGUGCAAGGAAUGAGAUUGAUAAGUCAGGCAAUACUGCAACUGCAAUGGACGAAAUUGCUAAUGCGUCCUUCACGUCAAGUGACCUUGGCCCGACACCGAAACGAUCUAAACCUCGAACCUCGUUCCAGGUGCCUAUAGUGGAACCUUCAUCAAGCCUCGACCACGGAGCGAGUUCAUCCAAACCUCUCAGGCUGUCACCAUCAAAACGUCCGGCUUUGAAACCCAUGUCCCCUAAUCGUCGACACACCACUGUCGGCUUCACUUUACCAAAUAAGGGAAGGAGUAGUAAGAUUAGCAGGAGGAGAGGCAGUAUGAACUUGGUCGACCAGGCAUCAUUUGAUAUAGGAGAGCUCAUCAGUGGGACGCCAUUCACUGCUGAGAAAGCUGCCAGUCCAAUGGGAAUGGUUCUGGACGAGGACGAAGAUGAAGGCACGACGGAACUGUAAUUACUGUCUUUCUGCCUCAGCAUCGAUGAAGUCAUCCU